UUUGUGCUUCCAAUUAAGAAAAUAAAAUGAUUUAAAAUCAUUAAAAAAAAAAUACUCGUAAAAAAUGAAAAACACAGAUGAACAUGACUACAUGAGAGCUUCGCCCACCUCAUUCCAUGUCUUAAUCCGUUAAUUAGCAUAAUUUCCUCACUAUUUAUUGCUCCAAAUAUGGAAAAUCCGCACCGUCUUCUCGCGCGAUUCACGCAUGUAUGCUGAUUCGUCUAUAUGAAUCACUCCUUUUCGCAGGUUUUUUUUUCUUUAAAUUCUUGACCAUAGCUGUUAAGAUUUGGAGUUCCAUCUUCAAUUUCCCCCUGCAAGGAGAAAGUAAUUCGAAUUUUUAACUGCGGCGGCGGCGGCGGUGGUGGUAUGAUCAUAGAGUAAGCGGCGGCGAUGGAAGGCGGAGAAUCAGUGUGGUGUAGGAGUGAAGACAAGGUGUUUGAGAUUGGUCUGGUCAAGUAUGGAGAAGGGACGCCUAACAGAUGGGCAAAGAUUGCAGAUUUGCUGCCCCAGAAAACCGCCAUGGACGUCGAGCUACACUAUCGAGUUCUUCUGUCCGAUGUGGCCGACAUUGAGGCUGGCCUUAUUCAGCUUCCCAGUUACAGUGUGGCAGCCGACAAGAAGAUCAAAGAGCGCAGGAAACCUGCUAGCCAAUGGUCUGCUGAGGAACACAAGAGGUUCUUGGAAGGGCUAAAUAAGUUUGGGAAAGGAGAUUGGAAGAGCAUAGCCAGGCAGUGUGUUAAGACAAGGUCAGCUACUCAGGUUGCUAGCCAUGCUCAGAAGUACUUUAUUCAUCUGGAAAAGGAUGUCAAGAACAAGAAGAGAUCGAGCAUCUAUGAUGUCUCCUUGGACUAACAGUAAAAACACAAUUUCAGCUUCAUCUGUUUAUCAUUCUUUUUUUUUAUUUUUUACCAAACUUCCAUUUAACUUGACGGAUCACUCCUAAGUUUUAGGAAUGAUUCCUAAUUGGAUUUGUCUCUUUAUCAUAUACUCCGAAUAUAUUUUGUUUAUAACU